AUGGACAACGUGACACCUGGAAACCCUCCAGGUGGAGCAGACCUGAAGGACUACAACUACCUGGCCCUGGUCCUCGGUGUCCCCCUAAUCCUGGUCAUCAUCCUGGGGAACGUCCUGGUGUGUCUGAGCGUGCUCACUGAGCGCUCCCUAAAGACCGCCACCAACUAUUUCAUCAUCAGCCUGGCGGUGGCGGACCUGCUGCUGGCUGUGCUGGUGCUGCCCCUCUACGUCUACUCCGAGUUUCUGGGAGGCGUGUGGACGUUGAACACCUCCAUAUGCGAUGCGCUGAUGACCAUGGACGUGAUGCUGUGCACCGCCUCCAUCCUCAACCUGUGUGCCAUCAGUGUGGACAGGUACAUUGCCGUGGUCGUCCCCCUGAAGUACAACAGGAACCAGUUCAGUGUCCGUCAGCUGGUCCUCAUCGCUGCCACCUGGGUCCUGUCUCUGGGCGUGGCCAGUCCCGUGAUCUUCGGCCUGAACCGGGUCCCGGGUCGCGACCCCAGCGUCUGCAAACUGGAGGACGACCGCUUCGUGGUGUAUUCGUCCGUCUGCUCCUUCUUCGUGCCGUGUCCCAUCAUGCUCUUCUUGUAUUACUGGAUGUUUCGGGGCCUGCGGCGGUGGAGCGGUCGCUCUCAGGCGGCUCGCGGCAGCCGGCGGACUCUUUCCUUACGGCUCGGCUCGAAGCCCGCCGCGACGCGUCGAGAGGAAGUCGCGAGCCCCGUCUCCCCAUCCGCUGUCUCCAUGACGACGCAGUCAGCACCAACGCCCGUAAAAGAGCGGCAGCAGGAUGGGGCGGGGGUGGAGAGCGACCCGAUGACCACGCAGAUGGACAGCAUGUCAGACGGCGCGGAGCGGAGGGAGGAAGGGAGCGGGCGAGAGAAUGGCCUGAAGAACGGCCUGAAGGCGGAGAGGAGAGGACGAAGGAACAGCAAGAGCAGCAGAGUCAGCGGGAGGGAGCGCAAAGCCAUGAAGGUCCUGCCCGUCGUCGUGGGGGUGUUCCUGGCCUGCUGGACUCCGUUCUUCGUGGUCCACGUGUCCCGGGUCCUGUGCCGGUCCUGCAGCAUCAGCCCGUCCCUCGUCUCCGUGGUAACGUGGCUCGGUUACCUCAACAGCGCCGUCAACCCGCUCAUCUACACCGCCUUCAACCCCGAGUUCAGGACCGUGUUCCAGAGGCUGCUCUGCUGCCAGACCUGA